GAGGAAAACCGUCGCGCUGAAGUCAGGAGCUCGAGCAAGAGUUGAAAUUUCUUAUUCUUUACGCUACAGAAAACAGAGUACGUUGGUGUUAUCUGAACAGAUGACAAUUUGACGGCUCAAAAGGUUGCCCAAAAAGCGAUCACAAAUGGACUGCUGUGAAGCAGUAGCUGGCUAAAAAGACCUGAAGAUAAAAGUCCAAACAUCUUGAGACUACAAAUUCCAGCUGAUAUUCGAAUGAGAUUUUUCACAUUGAGCGAAUCAUCCUUCUCCUCUGUUCGUCUUCUCCCUUCUCAUCCCUCUGUCCGGCCGGGGUGAGGACAAGGGGGUCCAUGGAGAGAGCUUUAAAUGGCUGAGGAGUUGUGUACCGGUUGGUUUCGCAUCGUUGCAGGCUCUUUGGAGAUAGAGGAAUGCAAAUCUGCAACCAUGAUGGAAGGAUUGAAAAAACGUACCAGGAAGGCCUUCGGGAUACGGAAGAAAGAAAAGGACAAUGACUCCACGGGGUCCCCAGACAGAGACGGCGGUGAACCCCACGAGGUUGAAUCGUCUCAGAAGAAGACCAACGGGGCCCCUAAUGGCUUCUACGGAGAUAUCGACUGGGACAGAUAUAACUCUCCUGAGGUGGACGAUGAGGGCUACAGCAUCAGACCUGACGAGGAGUCGGAAGAAGGAGCACCCAUCACCAAAAAGCCCCACUUCUUUUCCUCCGAUGAGUCGGAAGAAGAGGAGGACCACAGGAAGAAAUUCAAAAUCAAGAUCAAGCCACUGCCGGCCGAUCGUGUAGUGUCGGCGCCCUCGGUCGACGAGCUCAAAGCCUCCAUAGGCAACAUAGCCCUGUCCCCGUCUCCUAUGAGACGUAGCCCGGGUUUGAAAAGGAACACAUCCAGUGAGGAGAUCGCCAGACCGAGACGUGUUGUUCCUACUUUACCCACUGUGGCCCCCACACCAGCUCCAGCUCCAGCACCACAACCUCCCAGCAGUCAACAAACACCAGUCUCUGAAGACACUACAGCCUUAUUUGGGCCUCCCUUGGAAACAGCCUUUGGAGAACAGAAAACUGAAGUGGGUUUCUCGGGGUCCGAUGCGUGGGGGGCUCCUCUGUCAGAGUCUGAAUCCUCUUUGACAAGAUCCUUCCCCACAGGAACUCCACCUCCACUUCCCCCCAAGAAUGUCCCGACCUCUCCCCCAUCGACUGGCUCUCCCUCAGCAGAUAACGCUGAAGUGUCACCAGACGCAGACAGUUCUGUCAGAAAGCCCUCAAUAGCUGACUUGGACAACAUUUUUGGACCAGAAGAGACUCCCCCUGCUGGCGAGGACACAGGCGACUCGUGGGUCUGCUUCAAUGCAGAAUCUCCUGACCGGCCGCCUGUACCAGAGGAACCAGCACCUCCAGUACCAACCUCCCCGCCUCCACCUGAAUCUCCUGCCCCACCCCUACCUACAUCACCACCUCCUCCAGAAGACCCUGCACCACCUCCUCCUACUUCCCCUCCCCCAAAAGAAGAACCUGUGCCCCCUCUCCCAACCUCCCCGCCUCCCUCAGAGGAGCCUGUUGCACCUCGUGUCCCCUCGGGUCCACCUACACCUGAGGACCGAAAUCCUCCCACGCUUGCCACCUCUCCACCCCCUGCACCACCAAAGGAGCUUGCGUCUCCUCCCACUUCCUCUCCCCCUCCUCUUGACUUACCUGCCAGCAACCCACCAGCUGCUGCUCCCAAAGCAAGCACCCCUCCAGCGGUGACUCCUCCUGCCGAGGCACCCACAGCAUGCUCCGUCCCUCCGCCACUUUCCCUGUCUCAGGAGGAGCAGUCCAAGAACACAGACGUCACCCAACCCAAAGAGGACGGAGGUGAAACUGUCACCUCGCCCAACGAUGCUAGCCAGGGCAGUCGGAGUACGCCUCCCCCACCUCCUCCACCGACAUAUCGGGCGGUGGUGUCGUCACCAGGUCCUACAUCUGGAGCUGGUGGCACAAAUAGCGGUUCCUCCUCUCCAGUGCGACCUUCCACUCCUUCGUCAGCGAACCCCACCCCACCACCACCUCCACCUCGUCCCCCUUCACGGCCCAAACUUCCUCCAGGGAAACCCACUAUAGGAGAUGUAAAUCGUCCAUUCAGCCCGCCGAUCCACUCUGCCAGCCCCCCUCCUAUCGCCCCAUUGGCGCGGGCCGAGAGCACCUCCUCCAUCUCCUCCACCAAUUCCCUGAGUGCCGCCACCACCCCCACCGUCAGUAAAGAGCUCUCCGUGUCCGUGUCAGAAGACGAUGCUUAUGUAGACAAACUGCCCACCUUUGAGAGACACUUUGAUUCGUUUGCAGAGAAUGACCAGCCAUCCCUUGUAUGGUUUGACAGAGGGAAGUUUUAUUUAACCUUUGAAGGCUGCUCCAGAGGACCCAGUCCUCUCACCAUGGGGGCUCAGGACACUCUUCCUGUGGCCGCUGCAUUCACAGAGACGGUCAACGCCUUCUUUAAAGGAGCUGACCCCAGCAAGUGUGUUGUGAAGAUCAUAGGUGAGAUGGUUUUGUCGUUUCCGGCGGGAAUCACGCGGCACUUUGCCAAUAACCCGUCCCCUGCCGUGCUAACCUUCAGCAUAACCAACUACAGCCGACUGGAGCAUGUGCUGCCUAACCCCCAGCUCCUCUGCUGCGACACCACCACACAAGCCAAGGCCAAUGCCAAGGACUUCUGGGUGAACAUGCCAAACCUGAUAUCCCAUUUAAAGAAGGUGGCAGAGCAGAAGCCACAAGCAACAUACUACAAUGUGGACAUGCUCAAGUAUCAGGUAUCGGCCGAGGGGCUCCAGUCGAUUCCUCUGAAUCUAGCGGUGAGCUGGAGAUGUGAGCCCACCAGCACUGACCUGAGGAUAGACUACAAAUACAACGGGGAGGCCAUGACGACGCCGAUGGCCCUCAACAACGUCCAGUUCCUCGUCCCUGUCGACGGAGGGGUUUCAAAACUACAGGCUGUCUUACCUCCUGCUGCAUGGAAUGCUGAGCAGCAAAGAAUCCUGUGGAAGAUUCCUGAUAUCUCACAGAAAUCUGAAAACGGAGGUGUGGGAUCGUUGUUAGCACGCUUUCAGCUAACAGAAGGUCCCAGUAAACCGGCCCCACUGGCGGUGCAGUUCACCAGUGAGGGCAGCACCCUGUCGGGCUGUGACAUUGAACUGGCUGGGCCAGGAUACCGCUUCUCUCUCAUCAAGAAGAGGUUUGCCGCAGGAAAAUACCUGGCCGACAAUUAACCCAUGCUACUGAGAACAGCACUGUUGUAACAAAACAAUCGCAGUGGACUGAGGUUGACAUCGAGGACAGAGGACGAACCGACACCAGACGACAGACUUUCCGUAAACCUUUUCUGAACCCACACGACAGGUCCGCAGCCUACCCAGCAGUAUUGUAUAACUUGCAUAUAGCAUCGUGGAAACUGUUUUAGGUCAUGUAAUUAUCGUAUUUGUAUUCAUUUCAUGACAUCUGUAUUGCUGCAGUUAGACACCUGGGUUCUUCCUCCCUCUGAAGUCUGUGCCUCUGUCUCCAUCCUCCUCUGGUCAAUGUGUGGUGGUGUUGUUUUAAAGUUUCACUGCAGCUGCCUGACAGAAGACAUGGACAGAAAGAGUUUGGGCCAGAUUUGAACUCUUGGCGACGAGCUGUUUGUUGUCUAGAGUCCAGGAAGAUUUGGCUGUAAAAACACCCAUGAAUAAGAUCCUUGCAGUCAGACAUUCACCUCAACCUCCUGACAAAGUCUGAUUUCCCAAAGUUAGACUAGUUUAAGUUGAAGCACUAUACACGAUUACCAGACAAAGAAAUCAGCUGCAUAAAAAAUCCUUCUGUCACAGUCUGAGCGCAAAGCCUGAGACAGCUGUCCUCACUGUCUUGCACUGACGGCAGCCAUUUGCGCGUUUUGCCAGCAGGUAAACGCAUUUACUGAUGCAUUUUGACUCAUGUUGUCACAAGCAGUUAAAUAAAAGAUGUUUCUAGUCGGUGCUUGAAACGCAGGAUCAAGUAUCUACAAAAAACUAACCAGAUUUUCAUGCAUCACCUACUGGUACUACAGGGUCACACGACUUUGAAUCACAUCCUUUUUAAUAUAAAUGCACUGAUCAGUCAAUCAAACUGUUAAUUUUGUUUCUCUGGAAGAUACAGACGCGGAGAAGUUUUUAGCUAGUUAGGCAGCUGCAAUGAUAAAUCAGUUUAUUGGUUGCAAAAUAAGAAAAAUCUGUUUCCCGUCAGAACAAAAGAAGUGUACAAAGUGUCAUUUUAAAUCAAUAAUAUAUAUCUUAAAGGGCGUUUGGUGUUUUCCUCGUAUUGUCAGAUAGCCUUUUCUGUUGUUCCCAGGACAGCAGUGAUAGACUCCAGAGUACAUGACAGCAUUCUAUUUUUAUUUAUUGAUGACAAUGAUUUUGUUGUAUAAAACGUGAUUCUGUAUACGAAUAGAAUUUGAAUGGUAUCACGCAACUCAGAACCCUUAAAGGUAUAAAUAUUUGAACUCUCUUUUUUUGUUAUCUGUGUAGUUGGGUAACCUGUGUACAGUAUGAGGUAUAAUUUUUGAAUUUAUUUCAGAUAUAAUUUUUUAACUCGAGUGCAACAGAAGAUUUGAGCUAUAUAUGGGUGAGGGGGGGUAAUUUAAAGAAAAAAGAUAAAUAUCUUCCUGGAUGCUGUGUUAUGCUUCGUGAAAGCAGUGUUAAUGUAGAGUUAGUUAUACCAUGGGCAAGGUCCACACUUCAAAGAGUUAGUUUGACAUUUUGGGAGAUCUGUCUGUUCAACACGAGGCUGGAGCCAGGAGACAGUUAGCAUAGUAUAAAGACUGGUAGCAGCUAGUCUGAUUUUAACAAGAUAUAAAAUGUUUAAUUUCUGACUUUGAAGAUUUCUUAACAUUUCCUGCAGCGCCACCAUCCGGUCAAAUAUUACUUGUCCAAUACAUUUAUGAUCACCUGCAAAACUAAAUGCUUCUCCAUCAGGCUCAGCUUACUUACGUUUGCAAAUGUUAGCAUGCUAACACGCUAAUCUAAGAUGGUGGACAUGGUAAAUAUUAUACCUGCUAAACUUUAGCAUCGUUAGCAGUAGCAUUUAGUUUGAGCCAGGCUAACAGUGUGUGUCCAGUCUGUUAUGCUAAGCUAAGCUAACCGUCUCAUAGCUCCAGCUAAACAUUCGAUAUUCGCAUCACGAAAUCGUGUCUGCGUCCAAACUUCCCAAACUGUCAAACGUUUCCUUUUAAUAAGGUCAAGACAAAAGCAAUCAGUUUUUCUCAACAGCAGUGAUGACGUUUGGUGACUGUGGUACCACCACUGGAACAGGAUUUGUUUACUGGGACCAGCUUAUUUUUUGUUUUUUUGUUGUUUUUUUAAUUCAGACCUCAUCAGAAAACAUUCUUAUAUUAAUCCAGCAUUCUCAGUUCCCACAUUCAGCUAUUUCCUUAACUUGGACCACAUGUCUGAACUGCUUUCUGACCUAUUUCCAUUCACCUCAGUGGUACCUAAACUCCCUGAUUAUAUCAUGACCACAUCCCCUGAUCAUCCAACCAGCGCUUGAAUCCAUGGCUUUAUUUUGCAUAAUCGUAAUGGUCUCUGUGAGAUGACAUGAGUUGAAUGAGGUUGUGGAGCGAGGUUAAGUUGACCAAAAUGCUUCUUCUUUUUUUUUUUUUUUUGUAUUUUAUGUGUGUGUACCCCGGACAGUCAGUCCUCUGUUAAGGAGAAUAAGCUGAAUAUUUUUAAAACGGAUAAAAAUGAAAAAAUAUUAUAUUGUUUAAUGUGUAAUAAACACUGUGCUGAUGAUGUUGAACUUCCUGAAUGCUCUGACACUCGACAUGAAGAACAAAAAGUGUGUGUGAAGCGUAGCCGAAGAUCUCCGUACUGUACUGUGUGUCGGCAUUCUGCUAAAUGCAACCAAUCAGAAUCCUUUCAGAGCCGUCGUAGAACCAUGUUAGGCUGAAUGUAGGACAAGCAGGUUAUUAGCAACAUGUCAAUACUCCUAUUAAAUGAUAGCGUACUUUUAAUUGGACAUAGUUUUAACAUGGUUAUUGGCUAAUAAAAAGAUCAGAUUUGAGCUGUGCAGUUCAAAUAAAAGACUUGUUUUUAACAGAUUUAUUUCUGUGCAGACUCCAUGUGGAUUACUCUGAGGUUGCAUUUAUUUUAUCAAUGCAAGGUGAUGAUGAUUGGUGCCAUUUAGCUCCCACAUUAGUUUGGUAACAUUUUGCUUUCAGUCAUGUUAGUCCUUUAUCUAGUUUGAUCAACAUGGCUGACAGGAAGCUGUAACCUUCUACGUGAAUCUUGAAGCUCCAGCGCAACAGUCACUACAGCAUUAUCUACAGAGGCCCACCACAAACAUCCCCCAUCAUGUAUCUGUUUUAAAUCACCACUACACUAAGCUUAAAUGUCUUUCUGUUUGGAAGUCAUGUUGCAGUACAAAACUCACUCUCAGUCUGUUUGCUGCAUCAUCCAGUUUGAAAGAAAAAAAACAAAACAAAAGGAACAAAACUUUUCCAGAUCUUCAUCUCUGUGCUGAAUUUGUCCUGCAGUAAUUCAUUAUUGCAGUAAAAGGUGGGGCAUCUAUGAUGAUAGGUAGUGCUGCAUUGAUGUGUUGUGCUGAGUGUCAGUUACCUGUAUUAAUGUUGAGAAGAGAGCAGGGAGUGUGUUUAUGUGUGCUAUAAGCCAGAAUGCUUUUUGGUUCUGUACCGUUAACCUCAAACACAUGUGCAAGCUGUUUGUACAGUACAUAACAACGCUAAGAUGAACUGAGAAACUUAGUUUGCUUCUUUCCAAAACCAAUAAAAGUUAUAA